AGAGAGAUACAUAGAGAGAGAAGUGAGAGAGAGAGACAGAGGGGUCAAAUCGAGUGGCGAAAGGUUGGGUGGGUUCUUUAGGAUUUUUGUGGUGGUGGUAGUGCUAGUGAUGUUAGCUAAGAGGGUUUCCAAACAAACAAAAAACUCAGAAUAAAAAGAGAGAAAAGAGAAAAUAGAGAGAAAAGAAAAAAGAAAGAAAUAGUGAGAAAAUAAAGAGAGAAGAAAGAAAAAAAAUAUACCGGAUAACUGAGAAGAGAACAAUACUAGAGCGAGUUCCAAGCUCCAAUUCCCAGAAACAAAAAAAAGAAAAAAAGAAAAAAGAAAAGUAAAAUCUUGCUUCACUUUUUCCCCUUCUUCUCUUCAAUAAGCUGAUCUCAUUCAAUGGAUCCCUUUGAUUUGAUUCGUAAAGUUUCUUGCUAGUUCUGAAUUUGGCCAGUGGUGUCCAGUGCCUUUUUGGUAUUCAUAAGAUCUACUAGAAGUUGUGUAUGUGAUACGUAGCCUCUUUGUUGUUCGAUUAAGCUUAUGUGAUUCGCUUUGGAGUUAAAUGGCCACCUUUAGUUGCUUGCAGGGAUAAACAAACAGCCUAGUUAUGUGCCUUUUACAUAUGCUCCACUGCACUGUUAAUUUGGCAAUUCCAAAUGGUGGAUUAACUGGAGUUCAAUUUUGAGGCUUUGGUUGAAGGCUGGAUAUUUUCUGUAACCGCUUUUGAAGUCCAUCUAUGUUGUAGUGAUUUUGCCCAUAUUCUAGUUAAUAAUGAGCUUAUCCAAUAAAGGAUCCCAAACAGACACAAAACUCGGCACCCCAAGCAGAGCAACUGCUUUGAAUCCAAAUGCAGCAGAAUUUGUUCCUUUUUCCCUCAGAACAUUGUCAUCUGGAAGUACUAGCUCGGUAGAUGCAACAAGGCUUACUACUGCUGGAACUCUUGGAAAAGCAGUUUUAGAUCGUACAGAAUCGUCCAUUUCAAAUAAUUCAGAUGAUGAGGCCCACCAGUACUGGCGUUGUCAACUCCCUGAUGAUAUCACUCCUGACUUCAAGGUCAUGGGUGAAGAUAUUGAAUCCCCAGGUCUUAACAACCUCUCUUUAGCAGGCUUAUCAAUAGAAGAUGAUAAUGAAUCCCCAAGCUUUCCAUCCUCUAAGGGAAGUAGAUAUUUGUUGAAUGAGCAGCAGGAAUUAUCUCAAAAGCACCUGAAUGGCAAUGCCUUUGCUGAUACGUUAAGGUUUUCCAGUUCAACCUACAGGGAGGAACCAUCUUCAGGCAGCUUUUUGAGCACAUUAGCAAAGCCUUGGGAUAGGCAAGUUGGAAAUGCCAACCUGCAUGUUAGCAGUGGUCAAGAGGAACUUGCUUAUGAUGACAACAUUACACAUGGAUUGUUAAAUGAUGUUUUGGGUGAGAAUGCUACUAUGGUGGAUGAUACGGGUUUUAACCCAUUGGAAUUUUUAGCUUCUCUAUUCCCUGGUUUUGCAUCAGAAAGCCUUGCUGAAGUUUACUUUGCCAAUGGAUGCGAUUUUCAUCUGACCAUUGAAAUGCUCACUCAGUUAGAGAUUCAAGUUGAUGGUGGUUUCAGUCAGAACCCAAGUCCAAAGACUCUGUCUGCUCCCAAUCUUACUGCAAUGGACUUUCCAGCACUUUCUUCACCAAAUGGCCAGGCUACUUCUGCAAGAUAUGUUGCAGAUAAUGUUCAACAAAGCAACAAUCCUUACUUAUCUUCUAACAAAGACCUCCUGAUGUUCAAAUCUAGCUCUUCUGUUCCAUCUAGAGGUGCUGUUGACUUUGCUUCAGCUGUUAGAAAAUUGGCUUCUCAGGAUUCUGGUAUAUGGAAGUAUGAUAGAAAUGGUUCUGGUGAUGCUUCCACGGGCUCAAGUAGGAGUUUGAAUGUUCUGGCUAGUGCCUAUAAUGGUGGACAGGGGAGAGCCAAUAUUGGUGAUAGAUUACAGAACCGUAGUUCUGCCCGGGCAGCUCCAGCCUGGGUUGAAACUGGUGAAGCAGUUGCUAAUAUGUAUUCUGAUCUGCGGGAGGAGGCACGUGAUCAUGCACGCCUGCGUAAUGCAUAUUUUGAGCAGGCACGACAAGCCUACCUUAUUGGCAAUAAGGCCCUUGCAAAGGAGCUAAGUGCUAAAGGGCAACUGCACAACAUGCAUAUGAAAGCAGCUCAUGGAAAGGCUCAAGAAUCUAUUUACCGUCAGAGGAAUCCUGUUACCUCGGGACACGAGAAAAUGAUAGACCUACAUGGGCUGCAUGUAAGUGAAGCCAUUCACGUGCUGAAACACGAGUUGAGUGUACUAAGAAGCACGGCCAGAGCCGCUGAGCAGCGUUUGCAGGUUUACAUCUGCGUUGGUACCGGUCACCACACCCGGGGUUCCCGCACUCUUGCGCGACUCCCGAUUGCUGUACAGCGCUAUCUACUCGAAGAAGAGGGCCUUGAUUUCACUGAACCACAGCCAGGCCUGCUUCGUGUUGUGAUAUAUUAAGCCAAGAAAUCAAUGGAGGUAUACAAGUUUUUGACACGGUAAAAUCCAUGAACAUUGAACAUAGACAAAUGUUGUAGUCAUUCUUGUGUCUAUAUGGUAAGCCUGGAGAAAAAGGGUAAAAAAAGGGUUCUGGAAAGGGAUCAUGAAAAAUCAUGGUGAAUUUUAGAAGUAAAGAGGGCUGUAGCAGAAUUACAUUAGUCAGCAGGGACUCCACGUCAGCAUUUUCCUUAUGUUCAUUUUGUACCCUAAUUUUCAUUUUUGUUAAAUUCCUUUUGUUUUUAUUUUUUAUUUUUCCUUUUUCGAUUCAGAUGUAACUGAUAGAACCCAAUUACAUGAUAGAACAAUUCACUUAUCCAAUUAGAUUCAAUGCCAAACAAUCUUCCAGCUCGGAACAAA